UCUUACAAAAAAAGUGUUAUAAAAGAGUUUUUAAAAAAGGAAGUCUACCAGCAUAAACGUUUUUUUCCCCGAGCGAUCUAGAAGCAAUUAAAGUGCGAAAGAAGGGAAUAGUGCUUUAUGUAUCUGUCGGGACCGUGCCGUCGGCCUCCGCUCUUUGAUGUCCGCUCUUAAACCCUGAGCUCAGUGCAGACUGGAAUAAGAGACAAGAGCACAGCCAUGUAAACUGCACACACAUCUAGUGUGCUAUUUGAUUUGAAGAAAUGCAGAUUUAAAACCGCACUGCUUCUGACACCACACAACAUCAAAGGACGGCGUUCAAUCGGACAUAUUGCGGAUUACACUUGUUCUGUUAUUGGAAAAAAAUCGGGAUUUCUGUGAUUCUGAACUUAUGGAUGGAUGAGAGAAGCUCCCCCCGCUGACUUAAGAGAGAGAGGAGAUUACAGCUGAGCUGCACACUGAAGGCUUCGCUGCCGGAGCCAUGAAUAGGACACUAAGAGAUCCUAUGGUCAGUAGCUUCAGAGAAGAUGCCCCUCGCCCACCCGUCCCUGGGGAAGAGGGUGAGACGACAUGCCACCAUCCCAGCAAACUGCCCAUGAUGAGAUCCAAGGAUCCUGUUAAGUGUAUUACAGCAGAUCUUCGCUGUUCCACGAUCAGGAGAAAUGACGGGGGACUCGGAGAACCCGAGGGAAGCGCGUCUCCGGACUCACCGUUAGCCAGAUGGACCAAAUCUUUGCAUUUUCUUCUUGGCGAUCAGGAUGGUGCUCAACUUUUCCGGGCAUAUUUGGAACGUGAGAAAUGUGUUGACACUUUAGAUUUCUGGUUUGCCUGCAAUGGUUUCAGGCCAAUGGACACCAAGGAUACCAAAACGUACAGAGUUGCCAAAGCCAUUUACAAGCGGUAUAUCGAGAACAACAGCGUUGUGGCCAAGCAGCUUAAGCCUGCCACUAAAACUUUCAUUAGGGAUAAUAUUAAGCGUCAGCAUAUUGACUCCGUAAUGUUCGAUCAGGCUCAAACGGAGAUCCAGACGGCAAUGGAGGAGAAUGCCUAUCAAAUGUUUCUAACUUCAGACAUAUACCUUGAGUAUGUCCGAACAGGUUGUGAAAACCCCGGUCAUGUGAAUCCCAGUGGACUAGGAGGUCUAAAACUUGUCUGUGGAAUCUUGCCGACUCUGAACGAGGAGGAGGAAUGGAGUUGUAAUGAUUUUAAAGCCAAAUCUUUGGCCACUGUAAUGGGACUGUCAGCCAAAGCUUUACGUUCGCCUCCUUCUCUCCGUUCAGUGGAAGUUUUGGAGAAAGGCUACAGGUCCUACAGACGGGGUGACCCUGCAAACCCCUACCAUGUUUCUUCGAGUUAUGAUUUUGCCCCUGCCACCAGUGCCAAUGACAGUGAGAUCUCCAGUGAUGCUAUGACGGAUGACUCCCUCUCCAUGACGGACAGCAGUGUAGAUGGCAUCCCUCCAUACAAGCUGGGAAGUAAAAAACAUUUACAGAGGGAAAUGCAACGCAACAUGAGGAUGAACGGCCAAGUGUGUCUACCACCCUUUCCUAGGACACGGCGGCCACCUAAGGAGAUGACUCCUGUGGAGCCAGCAGCAUUUGCAGCACAGCUUAUAGCCAGGCUGGAACGUCUAAAACGGGAACAGGAGACCAUGAGCUCUCUGGAGGAGAGACUACAGCAGAUUCAGGAGGAAGAGGAGCGGGACGAAUCUGAAAUAUCUGGCAGCAGUGCGUCCCACUCUUUGCCCCUGUUUCCUCCUGGUUCCUGUGAGGAGGACCCUCAGGCCAUCCUGGAUGAGCACCUCUCCCGAGUCCUUAGGACACCUGGUUGUCAGUCUCCGGGCAUGGUUCGACAUUCCCCGCGUGCCCGCUCUCCUGAACAGCGUCCUAUGCCUCGGGGAGGUCCUGGCAUCAGGUCGCAGUCUGGUUCCAUGAGUGGAUAUGGGCCUUCUAAGACCAUUAUAUCCAGACAGUCCACAAAGCACAUUCAUCACCACUACAUCCAUCACCAUGCCUCACCCAAAAGCAAAGAUCAAAUUGAGGCAGAGGCGACCCAGCGGGUACAGUGUAUGUGUCACGGAGCAACUGAAUGCAGCUCCGCCCCUUAUAUCCGUAGCCGUAGUCUGGGCAGGGACCAGUGUGGCAGCACUUCGGAUGUCUCGGGGCAUUCUAGCUUUUCAUCCAAGCGUCUUUGUAAAUCUGGAGAGGAGGUGAACAUUGAAGGGUCGGAGAGCAGCCUUCUCCAGCUGCCCACUGACAGUACAGAUCGCUCUCAGAAUGUGUGGCAGUGGAUCCUGGAGAGCGAUCGACAAACCAAGCACAAGCCCCACAGUGUUUGUAGCACUCAAAAUGCAAAGAAGUCACACUGUUUGGAUUCCACUCGUACGCACACGUGGGGAGGGGGCGGAAGUAGCGGGCAUCUUCGCACCCACCAACCUGCACACCCCUUUGUCCAGGACCCUGCCAUGCCACCUUUACCCCCUCCCAACACCUUAGCACAGCUUGAAGAGGCCCGUAGACGCUUGGAGGAAGUCUCAAAACCCCCAAAACAAAGGCAUUCAACAUCAAGUCUUCAAAGAGAUAAGAGUCACCCUGUGCCUGUGCAGAAUAGCAGUCCAGCACUUCAAUCAGACGAGCCGAAAGACCUCAAAAAGGGUUGCCACACCAGUUUAGGUUUAGAGACUGUGGUCACGUACUUCUUCUGUGGUGAGGAGAUCCCGUACCGCAGAAUAAUGAAAACGCACAGCCUUACGCUUGGACACUUCAAGGAACAACUUCGGAAGAAAGGCAACUAUAGGUACUACUUCAAAAAGGCCAGUGAUGAGUUUGAGUGCGGUGCUGUGUUUGAGGAGGUCCGGGAUGACUGCACCGUUCUGCCAAUGUAUGAGGGCAAAAUCCUUGGCAAAGUGGAGAGAAUGGACUGAAAUGAAUCGACAGUCCACACGUGGACCUAGCCAGCACUCAAUACUCAGAGAAUAUAUAUUUUUUAUCUAUAGAAGCUAAAGAAGUUCACACAUCCUUGGGACGUUUGGUUUGCCAAGCUAUUGAAGGAAUGCUAGCCAAUGAAGUACAGAGGAAUCUGAACCAGCAGUGAAUCGUGAAAAUUUGUUCUUCUGGUUCAAAUCACUAUGACCACUUGACAAUGCAAUUGAAAGUUUGCUUGUUUGGAUUACACUAGGACUGCUGAGCGAGCGACUUUUUUCGUGAGAUCUGUAGAUGUUUGUUUGUUUGUUUGUUUGUGUGAAUGUGUGUGUGUCAGGUGUGAGAGCGUGUGUACACAGAGGUGCUCAUAUGAACACAAGUUCUAAUAUGCUUCGUUCAAGUAAAAAAAGACUUUAUUCCUAUUUAUUUAACUGUCAAUGCCCUCGUACCCAUGUUCAGAUGAUGGACAAGCUGCUUAUACGAUUGGGAGAUUUUUCCAAUGUUAAACGUGCAUGGACAGACGCCCCUUAACUCAACGGACUGUGCCGGGAAUCUCCGGACCAGCACACUUCUCAGAGUGUCUGUACUGAUUGGGCUGAUACCACAAGCUUUUAUAGGCCCGCCAAUAGCCGAUUAUGUGUUGCAUCUCUAGUGCCUUUGGUUUGAGGUCCAGGCAUUGCACAGGAACCUAUAGCCUUGUCCUGGAGCCGAUUCCAAAACCAUGAAAUAUGCUGGGUCAUGCUAUUUCAAAACGUUCAGUUCAGCACUGUCUUAGGAGAUCAGAGGAUGUGUGGAAAGCGCUCAUGUCUCGUUGAAUUAGAGUUGGAUAAAGGAAAGACUGCAGAGCAAAAACUGGGACUGCGCUGGCAUUAGCAGAUGAGAACAUGCAAUCGCUAGUGUAUUAUACAGUACUUGUGCCUACAUGGAUACCAUGCUGUGUGCUGCCCUGUUUCAGGGUGUGAAUAUUCCCUUGCUUUUCUGAGGGGUUUAUGUUUCAAAUAUUUUUUUAAAGCUUUGAAUAUCUUGUAAUCAUGACAUUAUGUUUCAAUGUUUUCCUCUCCAGGGAAUAUUGUUCGUUUCACUUAAAUGUAAAUUAUAUGCAUUAUAUAGAGCUUCAUUUUAAAGAUGACUUGGUACUUUAAUUAUUGUAAUUAUGAAGAGAUGUAGCCUUUAUUAAAAAUUAUAUUUUUUAAAUGAA